AUGGAAGCUAUAAUGGCAACCGAGUCUUUAGUUGGGCUUCAAAGUAUCGAACAACGUGAUCUGAUGAAUCUGGUUGACCGUCUUCGGCGUGCAGGGCUAAGCUCGGUUCUGCAGCUGCCACAGAUUGUCGUCUGUGGUGAUCAAUCUUCUGGCAAAAGCUCCGUCCUUGAAGCCAUCACGGAGAUUCCCUUUCCACGGAAAGAGAACCUCUGUACCCGCUUUGCAACAGAGAUUAUUAUGAGACGAGAUGUGGAGUCCGCAAUCCAUUGCAAGAUAAACCCGGAUACGGGGCGCACUGAGGAAGAAAAGCUCGAACUUCGCAAAUUUUCGAAGUCUAUCCAUGAUUUUACAGAACUUCCCUCAAUAAUUGACGAUGCUACUAAUGCUAUGGGUUUGGGUGAUAAAGUAGCAUUUUCAAGGGAUGUGCUCAGCGUUGAAAUAUGUGGACCUGAUUUGCCGCAAUUGACAGUAGUUGAUCUGCCCGGUCUUAUUCAUUCGGCCAACAAGACGCAAUCAGACGAAGAUGUAGAGCUUAUCAAGUCCCUAGUUGAGAGCUAUAUCUCACAGAAACGAACUAUCAUCCUUGCUGUGAUCUCGGCAAAGAACGACUAUGCUAACCAAGUCAUUCUUAAGAAUUGUCGUUUAUUUGACCCGAAUGGCGCACGAACCCUUGGUGUGGUAACGAAACCGGACUUUUUACGCCCAGGGUCAGAAAAUGAGAAAUCAUGGCUUGACUUAGUGAGGAACAGAGAUAUUUAUUUCGAACUAGGAUGGCACUUGUUGAAGAAUCGCAGCGACGACGAACACCAAUUGUCUUUUGCUGAGCGCAAUAGCAAAGAGCGUGUAUUCUUCAACACUGGGAAUUACAAUGAACUCCCACAAAGCGUCAAAGGGAUUGAUUCUCUUCGUCAACGAUUAAGUGAGCUUUUGUUUAACCAUCUAAAAAGGGAGCUGCCAAUCCUGAAAGAGGAACUUGACAAAAUGGCAAACAGCGUUCACAUCGAACUUGAACACCUUGGAAGGAGCCGUGCUACGAUAGCCGACCAACGGGCGUACCUGGCGGACUUCUUUGGAUCUGCUAAUGACCUCGUUGCGAUGGGAAUAAAUGGGAAUUAUGAGGAGAAAUUUUUCAAUGCGGUCAAUGUCACGAAAAAUAUUGACGGAAAAGAAAAUUCUUCUCGCCUCAGAGCUGUUGUACAAUACCUGAACUCUCGGUUUGCAGACCUCAUGAACCAGAAGGGACAUAAAUAUUAUGUUUAUGGCUGUGACGGCCAGAGUGAAAACAAGUCAUCAGAAGAGGGAUCACCAGAGGAUGAUUUUAUUUCACCAGCAGUGAGAUCAUCGUUAGGAGCCGUCGAGAAUCUCACUCGUAAAGAGGCUGUUAAACGAAUCGUCCAGGUCAUUAAACGCAAUCGCGGCCGUGAACUCCCUGGGACAUUCAACCCGAUGUUAACAAGCCACUUGUUUUGGGAGCAGUCUUCAGGAUGGAAAGCCAUUGCGCAAGACCAUGCCAACAACGUUGCUCUUAAAUGCAAGGAUUUCCUAGUCCAAGUUUUAGAGUAUACCGCAACUCCCGAGCUGAUGUCCCGGAUCAUGACCCUGACAGUGGUUCCAGCUCUCCGAGCUGCCCACGAGGCUGCUUUGAAUGAGCUUGAGCGAAUCAACGACGACAGGAAGAGACAUCCUAUCACAUACAACCACUACUUCACGGAUACCCUGCAGAAGACUCGGACUCAAUACUGGGUGGAUAAAGUCCGGAAUUUAGCCAAGCAAUCAGCGGUACAUGUUUCUGAAAAAACGGGUACCGGUGAGCCCAAGUUUCAAACAAAGGAGUACUUCAAACCUGACAAGUUUCUAUCCGGUAUCGAUAGUCUUGUUGAGAAGAACAUGGAUAAGUUUGCUGCGGAACAAGCGCUUGAUACUCUCAACGCUUAUUACAAGACCGAGCGGAAAUAUUUUAUUGAUGUGAUUGCGAAACAAGUCGUUGAGCGUCAUUUGGUUGCACCCCUGAAUGAAAUUUUCGCACCCAGGGUACUAGCACGCUACAGCGACAAACAGAUACAUUUUCUAGCAGCCGAGACCAUCGAUAUGAUACGCCGGCGUGAGCACUUGGAGAGCAGAUACAAAAUCCUGAAAGAGGGCCAAGAAGCCUUCUACAUGGCCAUGGGGCAGGGUGAGUAA